AUUGCGCCACAAACAUUUGACCAGCGAAGUUAGAAUUCACUGUUUUUGAUGCCGUGGAAACGAAAUUCCUUUCCCUCAACCAUCAAAUUCUUAAAUUCCGUAACCGACCAAUCUCAAAAAAAUAAUAAAUCAUUAUUUUAUUUCUGCGUCUCUCUCUCUCUCUCUCUCCUGAAAAUGAAGCAAAAUCCCAAAACGGUAAAAUUGGUUCAUCUUCGGAAUGAAAUUGGGGUUGUAGCUUGUUCCAACUCCAAAAACAGUUUCAAUUCGACAUCACCUUCUUCUUCCUCUUCGUUUUAAUUGCAAACACUUGCCGUGACACGUCAUCAAUCUUCACACUGCGUCUGCGAGCUACAUGCCUCUCUCACUCUCACCACCAAACUCGCUUUACCUUGCUAAUCUCACUCGCUUUUCCGUCACCGUCCAAACACUUAGGGACCCUUACCGCGAUCGCUUUCUCGGCCACCGUCGCCGCCCCCUGUGGCGGUGACACCCUAGGGUUUCGUCUCCUUCGCUGGAUAAAUGCGUGUCACCAUUGAUCUAGGGUUUUCGAGCCUGCUCCUCGUCGCGGUGGUUUUCUGCGUCGUGCCGGCGAUCGCCUUCGUGCUGCGUCGCAAGUGGCGAAGCGCGGCGGCGAGGGCGGAGGAGAUCAAGAGGCUUCUGGUUCUCGCGGAGGAGGAGUCUGCCAGGGCCGAGAGCGAGGCUUCGUACCAGUACGACGCCGUUUUAGUUCCGAAGGAAAAACGAUGUGUCGUGUGUUACUGCCCCACCACGACGCGGUGCGCGCGGUGCAAAGCGGUUCACUACUGUUCUGGCAAGUGCCAAAUUGUUCAUUGGCGUCAAGGUCACAAAGAUGAAUGCCAUCCUCCAAGGCCCAACACAACUUGCCAGACUAAUGAUCUUGUAGGUGAUUUUGGAAAGACGGCAGCAGAACCAGACUACCAUGGAAUCCGUGAUGAGAAGUCUCGGAUUGAAAGCACAGACUGCACCACAUCCUCUGAGAGACCCCCAUUGUCUAAUAUGAGCUGUCCUGAAAUCUCACGUGCAAAGGAUGAUAAUGUAAGAGUUGAGUCACUUCAAGGGGAGAACAUUAUGGACCCAAAUUCUGAAUUAUCUAGUAACUCAUUCUCUGGAUUCUCAGCUUCUGCUAGUGCUACUGAAUCAUCUGAUGAUUCUUCUUUCUGUGAGAGUAUCACUUCAAAUGAGAAUGAAAGAUCUGACGGACAUAUUUUUGGGGAUCCCACCCAUGAAAUUACUGAUUCUGCUUCAAAUCAUAAUAGCAUUGGUUUAUCCACUCCAUUGUCACCUAUGUUUGCUAGUUUGGUUGAUUCAGUAGAUGACUGUCCUGCAAUGCAUAAAUUAAAUCAAGUUAGACCUGAUUUUGGUAAAGAAGAGAACAAGUACACAUCAACUGGUAGUUCAGGUUUGAGUAUAAGGAAAGGGGCAACAAUUGAGCCUUCUACAGUGUCUUCUGGAUUUUGGAAUAGAACUCUUGAUUCAACAGGGAUAAAAGAUGACUCUAAGAGUGAUCUGCUUCCACCCUACUCUGAUGAUUCUCCUCCAAAGUCUGUUGUGAACAGUAUGCCAUGUGCAGGAUCUGCAUCUUCAGAGAAUGGGGGUGUUCAUUCUUCAGAUUGUGCUGAUGCUUUGAGCAUCCGUAACUUGCAAAUGGUUGGUUCUACAGUAUCAAAUCAUGUUGUCAGCAAACCUGGUAGCACCUUGAAGUCAGCUGAAAGUAGAUAUCUGCCACGUGCUUUUGCUGAUGCUAAGUUAGUAUCUAGAACUGAAGAGCAUUCACAUUAUAGUACAAAAUUUGGGAAUAAUGGUAUCCAAUCGGGCACUGCCACUUCAUCUCAGGUUGUUAGCUGUUCUCCAAAUUCUAAGAAUGGCCUGAGAACAUCAUCUGUUCUGCAAGUUGCUGAUCAGUUUAGUGGAUCAAAUUUGUCUAAACACUCUCCAAUAACUGUUGGGAGUGAUAUCACUGGAAAAUACAGUGACAAGGGUCUGUUUCCGUAUGAUUUGUUUGUCAAGCUUUAUAACUGGAACAAAGUGGAGUUGCAGCCAUUUGGUCUUAUAAAUUGUGGAAACAGCUGUUAUGCUAAUGCUGUACUCCAGUGCUUGGCAUUUACACCACCCCUGACUGCUUAUUUGCUCCAAGGACUUCAUUCCAAGUCAUGUGCAAAUAAAAAAUGGUGUUUCACCUGUGAGUUUGAAAGUUUGAUUUUGAAGUCCAAAGACACAAAAUCUCCUGUCUCACCUACGGGCAUAAUCUCUCAACUACAAAAUAUUGGGAGUCAACUUGGUAAUGGAAGAGAAGAAGAUGCACAUGAAUUUCUAAGGCUUGCUGUCGAGACAAUGCAAGCUGUUUGCCUUAUGGAACCUGGGGCUAACACAUCAGACUCGAUAAAAGAGGAAACUAAUUUAAUGGGCCUAACUUUUGGAGGCUACCUUCAAUCAAAGAUAAAAUGUAUGAAAUGUGGGGGGAAAUCUGAGCGUCAAGAAAGGAUGAUGGAUCUGACUGUUGAGAUAGAAGGGGAGAUAGCAACACUUGAAGAGGCCCUUCAACAGUUUACAAGCACUGAGACUCUGGAUGGAGAAAACAAGUACCACUGUGUCAGGUGUAAAUCUUAUGAGAAGGCCAAGAAGAAAAUGACAGUUUUAGAGGCACCUAAUGUUCUUACAAUUGCGUUAAAGAGAUUUCAGUCUGGAAAAUUUGGGAAGCUCAAUAAACCUAUUCAGUUUCCUGAAAUACUUGACUUAGCACCAUUCAUGAGUGGGACUAGUGACUUACCUAUAUACAGGCUAUAUGGGGUAGUUGUUCACUUGGAUAUCAUGAAUGCUGCUUUUUCGGGUCACUAUGUGUGCUAUGUGAAGAAUUUCCAAAGCAGGUGGUUCAAGGUUGAUGACAGUUUGGUGACAGCUGUUGAAUUGGAAAGAGUCUUGACAAAAGGAGCAUACAUGCUUUUUUAUGCGAGGUGCUCACCUAGGGCCCCAAGAUUAAUCAGGAACAGUAUAGUAUCUUCAGAUUCAAAAUGGAAAGUCCAUGGAAAAACUGUUGCAAAGAAGUCGAGACAUGUAUCUACACUUUCUGGUGCUGGUGAAAAUAUGACUAGUUCGACUUUUCCAGCUGGUUCACACACCUUAGAGAGUAUAUAUUCGAAGUUUCACCACCUGAAAAGGAUUUUGGAAGAAGACUCAUCAAGUGAUAAUUCAUCCCUUAUCAGCAGCAAUUCUGAUGAAGGUUCUUGCAGUACUGAUAGCACUUGUGAUUCAACGAGUACUGAUGACUUUACCGAUUAUAUUUUUGGUGAUUCUGGACGUGUCUUGGGUGGCAUAUUGAGAAAUUCUGAUACUGACAUUUCAUCCGCAUUGUCAUCAUCUCACUUGAACUCUAGACAUUUGCCCUCUUCUGAUGUUGACCCAAAUGAUUCAGUUUUCCAACUUGCAACUGGGUUCCAACUCCAACCACCUCCCCCAGGUCCAAGGGUGGAGAUAAACGGUCUGUUGUACAGGAGCAGACCAGUGGAUGUUAAAAGGAAUGGAGGAAUUGUUUCUCAUAUGCAUCCUGACACAAUUAGAGAGCAUAGAAAGUUAGAUACAAGUAGGAGUAUUAGCUUUAGGGAGACUGACUCUAUACAGAGAGCAGGAUCCAACCAUUUUAAUGAGAGAAGAAAUUCUGGUGUAUCAUGUAUAAAAUCGAGGGACAGAACGGAUUGAAUAUAUACUGGGAGCUUCUGAGCAGUAAAUAAUAACUAUGGAAGCUCCACGUAAUGUAUACCUGUGGGUGCCCUUUUUUUUCCCCAGCAAAAUAUCACCGUCCUUUCCUCAACGAUUGCCUCACGUUUUUCUGUUAAAUAAUUCAAAAGAACUUUAUUUUUCGG